CGUUCAUUCGGCCCCGACUGUGUGUGUGUGCGUGUGUGUCGUGGCCAGUGUAAACAAACCUGUGGUCCAUCAGCUGGCAAUGACCCGUGACUCGUGAGGCUGUCCCAGUUACACCCUUCUACGCCCUGCCGAAGCUGUAUGGCCUCCUGACCUGCCAGGAAACAUAUUCCAUUUAGAAAAGACAACAUGGAGCCCGUGUUGGUGUUGACCGUGCUGUCUUUGGCUAUGCUGCUGGGCUGCUACAUCGCCGGCUCCAUUCCGCUCGUCAUGAACAUGUCUGAGGAUCGCAUGGAGGUGGUGACAGUGCUGGGGGCAGGACUGCUGGUGGGAACAGCCCUCACAGUCAUCAUUCCAGAGGGUGUCAAUACACUCUUCAGUAUACAGUUGCACCAAAAGAGUCAUGCAACUUCUACAAGUGAAGGCCACAACCAUGGUGAGGCAAAGGAAGAUCAUGUGGAGCCACACAACCUGGUAGGGCCUCCUCUUGUUCUGGGCUUCCUUCUCAUGCUCAUCAUUGACCAGUUUGCUGGAGGACACAGGAAGCAAGUAGACCCUGAGAAUGGAAGCAAUCGUGGCCCACGGUCUUUUACAGCCACGUUGGGAUUAGUGGUUCAUGCUGCAGUGGAUGGUGUAGCACUGGGUGCAGCAGCAGCAUCAUCACACACAGAUGUUGAGAUGAUUGUCUUCUUUGCAAUAAUGCUUCACAAGGCCCCUGCUGCUUUUGGCCUUGUGACCUUUCUCUUGCAUGAAGGUCUAGACAGAAACAAGAUCCGUCGUCAUCUAUUGAUAUUUGCUCUUGCUGCUCCAAUUGGUGCAGUCAUAACAUAUUGUACCAUUGUAAAGAGUGGUACAGAAACUUUCUCAUCAUCACACAGCACUGGUUUGGCCAUGCUUUUUAGUGCCGGCACCUUCCUCUACGUGUCCACCGUUCAUGUCCUACCAGAACUUACCAGUCACAGUCACGAGGGUGUUGGCAACACACACUUUUCACGCAAGCAACUUUCUGCUCUCAUCUGUGGCUCUUUAUUGCCACUGAUGCUCACCUUUGGCCAUCAUCACUAAGCCCUUGAGAACUGUUGUGCUGCUGAGUGAUGACUGUCAGGUUUUUGAGCAGCAUUUGAUGUUGCUGAACUGUUAUGUGAUAGACUUUGUUUCUUUAAAUUUUCUCUCACUCCUGAGGAAUGUCAUUGGGCAUUAUUGUGGAAUCAUAUGAACACUUGUAUGAAAAAUAUAUCAUUUUGUCACCUUA